AUGGAAUUUGCAAACUUCAACAAGACGCUUGUCGCUGUCACAGAGCUCCUCGAUAUUCUGAUUCUACACCCUGAAGUCAAGCUUUCGGUCAAAUUCACCGAAGAGGAAGAAAACUUGAAGGAUGAUACCGUGCCAUACAAGAUCCAGGGAUCGUUGCUGAUGACGGUUCAGCGCUUAGACAGUGAACUGACAAAGAUUCUGCAGAACGCCGAUUGUCACUCAAACGAUUACAUUGAAAAGCUGAAAGGUGAGAAAGACAUGUGCACGUUGAUCGAGCGUACCGAGAAAUACGUACAGGAGCGUAUCCAUGAGGAUAUAUUCGAUGUAGAUGAAGUUUGCAAGGUGUACAUGACUAGAAUAGAGCACCUUUACUACAAGUACCAAGACAAUUACGAAGGCGAUGAACCUGUAGGAGAAAUUAUGGAUCGCCUCUGCAAGAAGAUUUACGCUCUUGAUGAGGAAAAGCGACUAAGACAGAGAGCUAUGCUUUGUCACGUGUACUGGUUGGCAUUGCACGAUGAAUGGCACCGAGCAAGGGAUCUCAUGCUCAUGAGUCACUUGCAGGCCAUUGUUGAUCAUUCCGACACAGAUACACAGAUUCUUUACAAUCGUACAAUUUGUCAACUGGGACUUUGUGCAUUCCGACAUGGUUUCAUCAAGGAAGCUCACCAAGGAUUGUCUGAGAUUCAGAACACACAACGGGCUAAAGAGUUGCUCGCUCAAGCUGUAGCCAUGAGGCAGCACGAGAGAACAGCUGAACAGGAGAAGCUUGAACGUCAACGGCAGAUUCCAUAUCACAUGCAUAUCAAUGUUGAGUUGAUGGAAUGCGUUUACCUGAUUUGCUCUAUGUUACUUGAAAUUCCUCAUAUGGCUAGUUGCGAGUUCGAAAUGCGUCGGCGACUACUUAGCCGAAGUUUCCAUUAUCAACUGAAGCAGAGUGAGAAGUCGUCCCUGAUCGGUCCUCCUGAAAACACUCGAGAGCAUGUUGUUGCUGCUUCUCGUGCGAUGCUCGCUGGUGAUUGGAAGAAAUGCCGUGACUACAUAGUCAACGAUAAAAUGAAUCAGAAGGUGUGGAACUUGUUCCGCAACUCAGAAAGUGUGAAGGAAAUGGUAGUCAAGCGUAUACAGACGGAAUCGCUGAGAACAUAUCUGCUGAUGUAUUCCACCGUAUAUACAACAGUAUCACUUGAAAAACUUUCCACCUUAUUCGAAUUGGACAAGAAGCAAGUGCACAGUGUUAUCAGCAAGAUGAUCAUCCAAGAAGAACUAUCGGCCACUCUUGAUGAGCCAACGGAUUGUCUUAUGAUGCACCGUGUGGAGCCUUCACGUCUUCAGAUGAUUGCUUUGAACUUUACUGACAAACUACAACAAUUAGCAGAUAAAAAGAGGCAAAUUUUGGAGCCUCGCACAGGAAGAGCCGGUUAUGCUGGUCCAGGUCAAUGGUUCCCAGGCCGUAGUGAUCGCCAGGGUGAUAAACAAAAAGGUGAUCGCGGAGGUGCUUAUCAGGGCGACCGACGCGCGGGCCAGUCAGACAGCCACAGCAAACGCGCUUGGGGAGGAACUGGAGCGACUGCUGCUCAAAGCGGUACAUCGCAAAGGCGUCGGGAAUCGCAAAAGUCGCGUUUCUAA